AUGAAGUGUCGUAGCUGUGAGGUUUUGUCCUGUGUUGACUGCAGCAAAGAAUACUGGGGUGAUGAAUACAAGCAGCACACAAAGUGUAUAAGUGAGGAAGAGAAGUACUCCGGUAAAGGUUUCCAGGCCAAAGCAAAUAAAGGAGAAGUUAAACAAGAUAAAUGGCUUUCACAAGUUGAGCGUGCAAUAACCAAAGCACACGACAAACCGCACUUGAAGUCUCUUUUACAAAAGAUGUUGGACUACCCAAAUAUACCCAGGAAAAAAGCAAAAUUUCAGAAUUUCUUGUCAAACAGUUUGAGGAUUCGUGAUACCAAGUUAGUAGAACAAGUGUGGGAUAUUCUCAUGUCAGAGGCCCCUCCCCCUGCUGUUCCAUUAAACCCCACUACAGCGCAAUCUAUUGAGAGCAAGAUUGAACUCAAAACAGAAACUUCAAAACGAAAAACAUCAACGUCUGAGGACACAGAGACUGUCAAGAAAAAGAAAAAAGAUAAAGUACAGGAUGUUAAUGGAAAAGCACUCACAAAUGGAGAAACUGAGGACACUGCUGAAAAAUUCAACUGGGAAGCAACAAUAACUAAGAUUUUAUCAAAAAAUGGAAAUAGUGAAAUUCCAAUUAAAAAACUGAGGAAAAAGUUCCUGAAGAAAUACAGGGCCUGGGAACAAGGGAGCACUACAAAAUCAGAAGAAAAACUUUUAAAAAAACUGGACAAAAAGAUAAAGAAAAUACCAGAAAUAGAAUUAUUAGACUCUGAAAAAGUGAAACUUGUGACUGUGGCAACUUAAAGUUUGGCUCUAAAAUUCCCAAGAUAAGCGUCUUAUUUGUUCCGUCAAAAUAGCAUCAUACCAAACUAAGGUACAAGUUGUGGAAAAAACUGGAGUUGGCUUUAACAUGGAGGUCCCAAUAAUGUGACAAUGAAGAAACUAUAAGUGGAAUUCUAUACCUAAUGAUAGAUGGAAUAUGGGAAACAUAUUCAAAACCAGUUGCAAGUUGCAGAGUAUGCAUGUUACUGUGAGAACAUUCCUUGGUGUUUUGCAAAUGAAGAAAUAAAUAAUAUACCAAAUUAUUUUCUACUUAUCCUCAUUUAUUUGGACC